UAACCUAAGCAGACAGGCGAGGAGGGGGCGGAGGCGUAUUAUUUGACAGUAGAAGUGUGUGGAGAGGCAGGGAGCUCCGGGGGUCUCCGGUUGGUCCGUGAGCGAUGGGAGCGCGCCCCCGACACUUCAGGUGAUCCAGAGGGAAGCAGAGAGGAGCGGGACGCUGGUCGCUGGUGCGUCGCGUUAGAGAAACGGCCAAAGAGUUGGAGGAAAAAUGACUCGUGUUACGUCGCCCGGAGCGCCCGCUUCACUGACAGCCUGUCUGCUCUUCGUUGCGGGAUGUUUCGCACAGAAAGUGUACUUUGACUGCGGUGCCAGGGUGGAUGUGGUGGACGUUCAGGGCCUCAUUUUGUCUCCUGGCUUCCCCUACAACUACUCCUCUGGUACUCACUGUGUUUGGCAGUUUGUUGUUCCAGUCGAUUACCAGCUUGUUCUGGAGAUAUUUGACUUUGACGUCUUCGAAAGUCACGAUUCCGAAGCUCAGUACUCUGCUUUCUCUAAUUUUGAAGAAGAAGACGAAGAGGCAGCAGCAGAGGAAAGAGGGAAGGUCACCCCUACCGGCUUAUCUGCUAACAAAAACUUGUCGGCAGCCGCAAAACCAGCGCUUCAGAGCACAGGGGGUCUUUUAAAGACUUCCCGAGAUGGUGUUCCUAAUCAAGUCGUGGUCCAGGAACAGUCUACAAAAAUGGAGAUUGCCAAAGUUUCAAAUUCUGCCAAAAGAUCUGCAGACCUGUCCUCUAGUCUGUCUUCAUUGGCCCCUUCUUCCCUCCUUCUCCUACCUGGUGCUGCGCCACCUGCAGACAAGGUCAACAACUCCAUCUCUGCCUCUCCCUCAAAUGAAAAUCUCAGUCCCACUUUGAACCCAAGCGCGGUUAUGGAGGACACCACCUAUGGCUCACCACCCUCCACAGGAACUCCUCCUGUGAGCCCUGAAACUCAGCAGUCCAUCUUUGACGCCUGCCCCCACGACGUCCUCUACAUCUCAGACCUCAUCACCUUUUCUUCUAGGUUCUGCGGGUCCAACCGCCCUCCCAGCAGCCAGCUGGUUUUUGGCUCAAGCCAAGAGAUGGUGGAGGUCAUCAUGGAGCUGAUCACCACCACCCACUGGGGACGCGGAUUCGCGCUUCUGUUCCACUACCACAACCUGACCGAGCCGGGAGGGGACCAACGAACCACGUCCCCGUCAGGCGGCAAGGUGGACUCCCUUCUUACCGCUGUGAGCGGAGCCGCAUUCUUCGCUCUGAUACUCACGACUGUACUCUGCAUCAUUUUCAGACCCAAACUGUGUCCAAAAAGAGCCAGUUCCUGCACGUCCAGCAACUCUGAGGUCGCGGAGGGAGUCCAGAGAGUUGCCGCCGAGAUCAGUGAGCUCCAGCUGAUGGCUGAGAAUGAAGCCGGUCCGGAGAUGACCGCAGAGCAGGACAUCGACAGCAACCAGCCCCGUGCAGUCGCUGCUGAAGGCGAUGCGCCCCAGACUGUAGACGUGGAGCUCUCCUGCAGCGGUUUGACUGAACUUGAUCUCGGUGCAGAUGAGGUUUUCAUUGUAUCACCAGCUGCUUGCCCAAGCCGGCUGCCCUUCUAUCCUUAUGCUCGGGAGAGGUUCCUGCGACACAGUGACACCGACCCCCGUCCUUCAUGCGACUGGCCCUCAGCGGACCCCAACACCUCGCCGGCCGGGGCCAGGUCCCUUAGAGAGAGCGUCUGCUCGCGACCGAGAGCGUGGAGCGUACGCACCUUCCAGGACUUCCUGCCUCCGCUGCCGCAGCUUCACAAGAAGUGGUGCAGCUGGAACUCCACCAGCCCCUUCACCAAGCUGGUGGACAACCCGCCAUCCGGUUUGAUCCCCGACCGCAAAGACAGCAACAGCAGGAAAGUGUUUUCCGACGCCCACCUGGAGGCCCAGGCGAACACCAGCAUCGUCUCGGACUCCUCCACCAGCAACGUCUCCUACCCCCUCAUGCAGCCCACACAGCGCCAGCGACGCCUCAACUCUGCCAGCAACCUGCGCCGCUCCCGCUUCACCGGGCCGUGUUUCGGCCUUCUCUCCGAAACAAAAGAUCCACCGAAGGGGGGCGGCGUCCCCUCGGAGACCGGCCCUGGCUCUUCUUCCUCACCCUCCUCUUCCUCCUCCUCUUCUGCUCAGUGCCACGUCAAGAGCGCUCCGGCCGGAAAGAGGCUGGAGUUCCCAGGCGAGGGCGAUCACAUCAGCGUGCCGGUGUUCGCCAUCUCCGAGGAGGAGGACAGGCAGCCGCUGGUGUCGGCUCAGCACCUGGAGCAGACGAACGGACCGGUCAGGGCGAAGCACGAGAGCAAACGGCCUCCCGCGGGCGGCGUCAGCCCCAAGAGGGUCAGGCUGGAGUGGAGGCCGUGGGGCAGUCAGGUGUCGGGGGGAGCCGCUCCGCCAGCUUCAGGAGCGUUCAACGAGUCGGACGCGCUGAAGAACGGCCAGCCGUCCGUGAGUCUGUCCACGGGGCUGUGCUCCGUGACAAACCACAUGUGACCAGGAGCCGAGACUGUGCUGACCCAGACCUGGAUUUCUGAACUAGUGGCACUGUGAAAACAAAAAACACCUUCUUUUUUUUUUUCUGACAUCAACUUUUACAAACUCCACUCUGCACUGCAAAAACGCUGUCAUACCAAGUAUGUUUGGUCCAGUUUCCAGUGCAAAUAAAUAAAAAGACUAAACUAAAAUAAAAAGACUAAACUAACUAACUUUAGAGCAAGAAGUAGGAACUUUAUUUAAGUCAGUAAUUUAAUAUUGAUGAAAAAGCUUGAGUUAUAACUGUUAAUACAAAAAUGAUAUUAAAAGUUAUCAUUUUUAUAACUUUUAUAUUGAAAGUUGCCAUUUUCCUCCAAAUUAGAAUUUGUAAAAUGGGAAACAUCUCUUGUUCCACUGGCAGAUUAAAGCUAUUACUUUUUCAUAAAUAUUAAGAAAUUAGCUUAAAACAAGCUCCUAUUUCUAGCUGAAAAGCUUCUUUGAAGACAGUUUUGUCUUGUUUCAAGCGUACUACAAUAUUAUUCGGUACUGCAAGGAACCAAACCAAAAAUACUUGGCAAGAUUUUGCGCUGGCUUAUCGUUUCAUGUGUACACAUAUAAAAAAGCUCUUGGACAAAGAAAAAGCUGUUGAUUUUCCAGAGGUAUUGUUUUUGUUAAAAGCACGAACGGCGUUUCUUCAUUUCUUUUAGUUCCUGUAUUUCAGCCGCUGCACCUUCCUGCGGCUCUCCAUGUGGUCAUCAUCGCUUUUUACCCACAAGUAUUAUGUAGGGCAUAGAUAAAUCAUUUAUAUCAUUGUCACGUCAGUGUACGCGUUCUCCUACUACUGAUAACGGAUUAUAAAAGGGAAGUUGGACUACUAUAUAAAGUGAGAAUAGAAACCGUUAUGUAGUACAGAGCACUUAAACGUUAGUUGUUCGUAUGCAAGUAAAGGUUCAAUAAACACGCUACUGUUAACGUCUGGUGUUCUUAAUUUGGCGAAAACAAAAAAGUUCUUGGAUGCUUUGACCCAAAUUGUGAACAUCCCGUGAAGGUUUUAUCAUAUCUGAUAAAUUAGAAUAUCACUGAAAAUCCCAUUUAUUUUAUGAAUACAUACAUAUAUUCUUUUUUUUUUUAUAAAAAAUGUUAUAGAAGAGAAAUGUGUUCCUGUUCCAACGUUCCCAAUGCAAGCAACUGAGUGUCCUGUGUGCGUGGACGAUACUUUUACAUCGUAAAACAGAAACAAAUCUAAAACAUGCGAGUUCGUCGUUUGGCUGUGAAGUACAUUUUUAUCAUGAACAAAAACAGCAACCCAGACUUCCUUUGAACUAUAUCAAUUUUAUUAUAUUUAAAUGAUCAGAAGUCAGAGCUAAAGGCAUUUCAAACACAGUUUCAGUACUGCCGACACCACGCGACGAAACGUACAUUUCCCAAAGUCCACGGCUAAUUCCUGCAUCUCCUUACUGAUCUACGAUUCAACUAGAACUUGAUUGUGAUCUAGAUUCAUUCUUAAAAUAGUGCAAUGCAUCCAAGCGUUACAGGCAUUUAGAAAGAUUUACAUCCCCCCUUACAGAGGAAGCACAUGCAGCUUCUCUCUGUUGUCCUUUUUGAAUCCAAACAUCUUUCAUAUGUAUUGCGAUGAGGUAGAAUGAAACCUGCUGAUUUACUCCUGAGCACCUUCGUCCAGACUCUUCUAUAUAUUUUUUUCUUUACAGCACCCCUCAAAAGCCGCUAAUACCAAUUCCUCAUUGGAGCGGCUUGGGAUUGUUGUUAGCUCAGCCAGAUCUCCUGCAGCAAAUAAUUAAAACUUGUCUGCGGGGGGGGGGGAUUGAUCAGGCUUGUGCCGAGAGGCUGAGCUGCUAAAGAAUGUAUAUUUAGACUCAGCAUGAAAUAAAAAAAAUAUAUAUAU